AUGCGGUCUUUCCACAUCCUAAAGCACGCAUCUCGACGUCCAUGCCGCGCCGCCCCCGUGGCCGCAGCUAGAUGGCUGUCCUCGGCGACGUCGAGCGCUCCCAUGCCCCGCGCCUCGGCGGCCUCCUUACCGGUCGGCAGCGGGAGCUUCUUCCUCUCGAACCGCCUGUUUGACCGGUCUCGGUGUCUCGAUUUCCUCGUCUUCACCGGCGGUAGAGCCGCCCGCGCGACAUCCACCGCGACAUCGCCGACGAUUGACGAGGCAACUUCACAACAGCAGCAGGUCCGCCACGAUGACCAAUCCCUCGAGCAAUUACCGCCGCAUCGCCGCCGACAGCUGCGAAAGCAACAGCAGCAGCAGAAAGCUCAAGGGGACGGCGAGGAAACACCCCUGCCGCCGGACGCCUCGUCACUCCUGACGACGCAGGCCGCCGCGCAGCCGGCCUCAUCCCUCCGCCGCACGCUGUCGACUUUCCUCUCGCUCUCCAAGCCGCGACUGACCGUGCUCGUCGUGCUGACCGCCAUGGUGCCCUACGCGCUGUACCCGGUGCCGGAGAUGCUCGCGCCCGCCACGACGGAGACGACGAGCCUCAGCCCGCUAACGCUGCUCUUCUUGACCACCGGCACCGCGCUGUGCUCCGCGAGCGCCAACGCGCUCAACAUGCUCUACGAGCCCGACACAGACUCCCGGAUGACGCGCACACGCAACCGGCCCCUCGUGCGACGUCUCCUGCCGACGCGCAGCGCCGCGCUCUUCGCCGUGGUCGCCGGCGUGGUCGGCGCCGGCGCGCUCUACUUCGGCGUCAACCCGACCGUGUCGUUCCUCGGCGUCGCCAACAUCGUGCUCUACGCGGGCGUGUACACGCCGCUGAAGCGCGUCACCGCGCUCAACACGUGGUUCCCGCACUUCAUGGCCCUCAGCUGGCCCAUCCGCGACGAGUACCGCGCCGCCGGCCUGCGCAUGCUCGCCUGGACAGACCCGGCCCGCAACGCCCGCGUCGCCCUCCGCUACUCCCUCGUCUUCGCGCCGCUCUGCGUCGCGCUCUGCGCCGCCGGCGUCACCGAGUGGUCCUUCGCGGCCACCAGCCUGCCCGUCAACGUGUGGCUGGCGCGCGAGGCGCUGCGCUUCUGGCGGCACGGCGGGCACGCGGGCAGCGCGCGCGGGCUCUUCUGGGCCAGCGUCUGGCACCUCCCCGCCGUGCUCAUCCUCGCGAUGCUGCAGAAGAGGGACCUGUGGAGCAGGGCCUGGCGCGGGCUGUUCGGCGACGCGGCGGACGAGGAGGGGCUCUGGGAGGAGCAAGAGCUUGAGGAGAUGGCGGGCAUGACGGCUGAGCGCGUCAAGGAGGCCGCCAAGGCGCUGGAGCUCCCGCCGCGCAGGUGA